AUGCAGAUGAUGCAGCCGUGCCCGCUGGGCACUGACCACAAGGCGGAGUCCUGGUUAGCGCUGCGGGAUCGCGCGCUGGACCGCAAGGCCUGCUGUGUGGACCAAACUGUGUUCAUCUGCCUCCAGGCUGCCCAGGGCUCUGUGUCCACUCCUGUCCCUCUUCCUGAAGUGGCUGCUUGGUUUAGAGACGACAUUCACACAGACGUCUGGAAGCUGGAGCGAGGAGAUGCUCCCAGUGUACAGAAGUCUUACGAGUGUAAGGAGUGUGGGAAAGUCUUCACUCACGCCUCGUCCCUCAGUAAACAUUUACUAACCCACACUGAAGAGAGGGCCUUUGAAUGUAAGCACUGUGGGAAAGCCUUCCGACUUGCCUCCAACCUCACUAGACACAUAAGAACUCACACUGGCGAGAGGCCUUACAAAUGUAAAGAGUGUCACACAGCAUUCCGCCGCGCCUCACUUCUCACCAAACACAUACGAAGAAUCCACAGUGGGGAGAGGCCUUAUGAAUGUAAGGAGUGUGGGAAAACGUUCAUCGACGCCUCAGCCCUCACUAUUCACACCAGAACUCACACUGGAGAGAAGCCUUAUGAAUGUAGGGAGUGUGGCAAGUCCUUCAGGCAGCUCUCCGCCCUCACGACGCAUAUACGAACGCACAGUGGGGAGAAGCCUUAUGAAUGUAAACAAUGUGGGAAGUCUUUUAGUGAAGCCUCGUCCCUCACUAAACACAUAAGAACUCACACUGGAGAGCGGCCUUAUGAAUGUAAGGAAUGUGGGAAAGCCUUCAGAUGUUCCUCUUCUCUCACUAUACAUAUAAGAACACACAGUGGAGAGAGGCCUUAUGUGUGUAAGGAAUGUCGGAAAGCCUUUAGACAGCUCUCGGCCCUCACUACACAUAUGAGGACCCACACUGGAGAUAGGCCGUACAAGUGUAAAGAAUGUGGGAAAGCUUUCAGGGAUUGUUCAUCUCUUACGAAACACAUUAGAACUCACAGUGGAGAGAGGCCCUAUGAGUGUAAGGAGUGUGGGAAAGCUUUCAGGCAGCUCUCAGCUCUGACGACACACAUAAGAACUCACAGUGGAGAGAAGCCUUAUCAGUGUACAGAGUGUGAGAAGGCCUUUAGCGAUUACUCCUCCCUCACUACACACAGAAGGACUCACAGUGGAGUUAGGCCUUAUGUAUGUAAGGAGUGUGGGAAAGCCUUUAAGCAACACUCGGCACUCACUACACACAUGAGGACGCACAGUGGAGAGAGGCCCUACCAGUGUAAGCAGUGUGUGAAAGCCUUUAAGCAGCUUUCAGCCCUUGCUACGCAUAUAAGAACUCACAGCCCUCUCGUGUGGCACCGAGUGUCCGAGUCUCCGAAACCGGAAGUGCGCUUUCUUGAAUUGAGUUCGCUGCCUCGUUUGGAAACGCCCCUGAGAGGCGUUGAGAAGCUUCCUCUCUCCAGUCGGCAGUGGGCCCGCAGGCUCCGGUCCGGGUUCCCGGGCGCCGCCCCUGGUCUCUCCGGAGCCUCGGGAGCUCCUCUGGCCCGGGAGCCGCCGCCGCUUGUGGACGCCGCGGAGCUGGGGUGGGGCUGCGCGCCUUGGUACGUUCCCAGGUACGAUCGUGUGCGUCCUGCGGAUCCGGGUGUGGGACUCGGGGGCGCCGGGGGUCUUUUCUUCGUACCUCCCCGCCCCAUCCAGACUCGGAGACCUCAUCCGCCACCCCCCUCUAAAACACACACAACGUCUCGAUUUUAUACACAAAACAACCCGCACGCAGUACGCUUGAGCGUGGAGAGACACUUCCAGUUGGGGACCAUCGAGUGUGUGCAUUGCGGAGGCAGCAGGGAGUCCUACACCAUCCAUUCCUUAGAUGAUCGAAGCCGAGGGAAGCAGUGUGGUGGGCGAGUUAGUGUGACCGAGACACGAGGAGCAGACAGUGGUGGCAAGUGGUCUGAACUAGGCUGGCUACUCGGGGUUUGUGUAGAGGCAAGCGGGCAGCCACUGACUGUCAGGAAGCAGUUCUUGGGCUGCAGAUACCUACUGGAAAUGGUGGUGUGCAUGGUUGACGGACUCCAGCCGGCAGGAGCUUGCUGUGAGCGAGUGAAGGACGCUUGGCUGCUUGGCUUAGAGACGACAUUCACACAGACGUCUAGAAGCUGGAGCGAGGAGAUGGGUUGUGGGCUGGAAAAGCGGGAGAGUUCACAGAUGAAGGCCUGGCUGCUGGUGGCGGCCUGGGUGAUGCUGGGGUCUCUGGACAUUGUCAGGCAUCUGAUUCUGGGGACAGUGAAGCCUAACCUGUACGUAGACCAAGGACAGUUAUUUGAAAAGAUCUAG